AUAGGCUAAUGCCGUUGGGGACCGGGCGUUAGGAGGAUGGGAUGAUGUUGACAUCAUAUUGUUAGUAUUGACAGUGGUUCAACCACUUCUUCAACAAAGAACAAAGAGUGAAAGUACACUGUCUAAAGAUGGGUCUGCUGUCCCUGGGCUCGCCGCUGAGCUGGGAAGAGACGAAGAAGUGGGCGGACCAUGUCCGUAAACACGGCAUCCAGCAACUUAUCAACAUCUACCGGCGACUGAAGGACCGCCAUGGGGACGUCUUGAAGUGGGGGGACGAGGUGGAGUACAUGCUGGUUGUUCUGGAUGAAAACAACAGGACGGCCCGGCUGAGUCUGAAGGGGAACCAAGUCCUGGAACAGCUGGAGAAGAGGGAGAGAGAAAGCCCAAAUGACUACCCUGCCUCCUGGAGACCAGAGUAUGCUAGUUACCACAUAGAGGGGUCUCCGGCCAAGCCCUACGGAGGACUCAUGGGGCACUUCAACAUGGUGGAGUCUAACAUGAGGUUAAGGCGUGAAGAGCUGAUGUCGCUACUAGACAAGGAACUGGGAGAAACUGCCAUUUCCUUCACAUCCUUUCCAAGGCUCGGUAGUCCAGGCUUCACAGACCCGCAGGUUGAGUGUACCCCGACAGUCAAUACGGCGUCACGAUCGCUCUUCUUUCCUGACGCUGCAAUCAACCAUCAUCCCAGGUUCAGGACCCUUACCCGGAAUAUAAGGGAGAGAAGAGGGGAGAAAGUCUGUAUCAACAUACCAGUUUUCCAGGACAAAAACACACCAAAACCAUUCAGGGAAACUUUUCCUAACGGUGACAUAGAAGCGACAAAGGCUGCUAAAGAUGGCCACAUCUACAUGGACGGUAUGGGUUUUGGCAUGGGGUGUUGCUGUCUUCAGGCGACUUUCCAGGCCUGUAAUUUAGACGAAGCCAGGUAUCUGUACGACCAACUGACACCGCUAUGUCCCAUUUUCUUGGCGCUGAGUGCGGCUGCCCCGGUGUACCGUGGGUACCUUGCAGACGUGGACUGCAGGUGGAACAUCAUUGCAGGGGCGGUGGACUGUCGCACUCGGGAGGAGAGGGGUCUGGAGCCCCUGAAGAAUGACAAAUUUGUGAUUCCGAAGUCCAGAUAUGGUCCCAUCGACUGUUAUCUGACCCCAGAGGCAGAGAAGUACAACGACAUUGAACUUGUUUUGGACCAGGACAUCUGCCAGCAACUUGAGGACGCAGGAAUAGACAGGCUCCUGGCCCGGCACUUCGCUCACCUGUUUAUUCGGGACCCGAUCUCGCUCUUCAGCGAGAAGAUCCACCUUAAUGAUGACGAGGAGUCGGAUCACUUCGAGAGCAUCCAGUCGACCAACUGGCAGUCCAUGAGGUUCAAACCGCCCCCGCCCAACUCUCCUAUUGGCUGGCGGGUGGAGUUCAGGCCAAUGGACGUGCAAUUGACAGAUUUUGAGAAUGCAGCGUACGUGGUGUUCAUCGUUCUCCUGACCAGAGUCAUCCUGUCGUACAACCUCAACUUCCUCAUCCCAAUAUCUAAGGUUGAUGAAAAUAUGCAGGAGGCCCAGAAGCGAGACGCUGUCAGACAGGGGCUCUUCUGGUUCAGGAAGGAGGGCCUGCCUCCAAAUGAGUGCUGUGAAGAGUCCCCACAGCCCAAGCCGGUCGCCAAGUCCUACAGCCAGUGUAACUGGUCCUGUCAGCAGGAGGAGUACACCAAGAUGUCAAUCAACGAGAUCAUCAACGGAAAGGCCGGUGGAUUCCAGGGUCUUGUGUCGUUGAUGAACUCGUACCUAGAGACUGUUGAGAUUGACGUGGACACCAGGUGCUCUGUACAGCAGUAUCUCAGGCUCAUCCAGAAAAGGGCUUCAGGAGAGCUAAUGACAACAGCCCGUUGGAUCCGUGCCUUCGUCCAGAACCACCCCAAAUACAAAUACGACUCCGUCGUGUCUGGCGAAAUCGCAUACGACCUCACCAAAGUGUCGGACGAGAUCACCAAGGGUGUCCGCUCGUGUCCGGAACUCUUCGGAACGCUGAACUCUCGCACUAAAGUCUCCCUACCCCCCGUAGUGCACAAGAACCUGAGGAAGGAAAACCCAGAUCACGAUAUUUUGACUUGAGAAGUUAUGACAUUUGAAGGCGUGACAUAUUCCACAGGAAAACUACACUUUCCUUGACGUACAUGUCCAAAGAAAACACACAUAUCUUCAUCGUAUUAAUAUUAAUUAGGAUGUUAAAUUUUGCCCUAUACCUUUAUUUUUUACUCCGUGUAAUAGUUGCUGCUAUACAUUGUACCGUGUACAAUUGUAGUGUAAUAAAGUUCAAUCAUGUUAUAACGCCCAUUUCUUUACAUAACUCAAAAUCCACCCCAAAAAUCACCAACGCCAAGAGAAUAACGUCAUUUAUUCGCAGAUCCCUUGAUAAGAUAACCAUAAAAGGAUAUAUAAUUCAGGAAAUUUUACAUUGGCUAUCCAUUCAGUAUCAUUCGAUGUCAUCAAUCCUUCGAUAGCUCAGUUGGUAGAGCGGAGGACUGUAGCGGGCACUUGUUGACAUCCUUAGGUCGCUGGUUCGAAUCCGGCUCGAAGGAAUUGUUUUGCUUUAGAUUUUUUAAACGUUUUCAAUGAUAUCACAUGAUGUUUUUCUUCUCGGUAGAAGAGGUCAAUUCAUAUAUCAAUAAACAUAACUUCUUUCGUCAUGUAAAACUGAGAAAUUUUAGAAAUUGAAAAAUCAUCGUGACUUAUGUUACCAAUGUUUUGAAGACAAAUAAAAAUAGCUCACUUCAUUUGUGCUGACUUGUACUUAGUUUGUAUGUGCCACUUACAUCAUGCAAACAACUGAUGUUCUAUCAUUGUGACAUA